AUGGCCCCCGUGCAGCUGGAGAACCACCAGCUGGUCCCGCCCGGCGGCGGCGGCGGAGGCAGCGGCGGCUCCGCAUCAGCCCCGGCGCCGCCUCCCCCCGGAGCGGCGGUGGCGGCGGCGGCGGUGGCGGCGGCCAGCCCCGGCUACCGGCUGAGCACUCUGAUCGAAUUUCUGCUGCACCGGGCCUACUCGGAGCUCAUGGUGUUGACCGACCUACUACCAAGGAAAUCUGAUGUGGAAAGGAAAAUAGAGAUAGUACAGUUUGCUAGCCGGACACGUCAACUCUUUGUUCGAUUAUUAGCAUUAGUAAAAUGGGCUGAUAAUGCUGGCAAAGUGGAAAAAUGUGCGAUGAUAUCAAGCUUUUUAGAUCAGCAAGCCAUCUUGUUUGUGGACACUGCCGAUCGUCUUGCCUCAUUAGCUAGAGAUGCGCUGGUCCAUGCUCGCUUGCCUAGUUUUGCCAUCCCAUAUGCUAUUGAUGUACUGACUACUGGAUCCUACCCACGACUGCCCACCUGCAUUAGGGAUAAAAUUAUUCCUCCAGACCCAAUUACCAAAUUUGAGAAACAAGCCACACUUCACCAACUGAAUCAGAUUCUUAGACACCGACUAGUAACUACAGAUCUUCCUCCUCAGCUAGCAAAUCUUACAGUUGCAAAUGGCCGGGUGAAGUUUCGAGUUGAAGGAGAAUUUGAAGCUACCUUGACCGUGAUGGGAGAUGACCCUGAUGUUCCAUGGCGUCUCCUCAAGCUAGAAAUUCUGGUCGAGGAUAAGGAAACAGGAGAUGGGAGAACACUAGUUCAUAGUAUGCAGAUUAACUUUAUCCAUCAGCUGGUGCAGUCCAGGCUUUUUGCUGAUGAGAAACCUCUUCAGGACAUGUACAAUUGCCUCCAUUCUUUUUGCUUAUCACUUCAAUUAGAAGUGUUACAUUCCCAAACCCUGUUGUUAAUCCGGGAGCGGUGGGGAGACCUUGUGCAGGUGGAAAGGUAUCAUGCUGGAAAGUGCCUCACACUCUCAGUUUGGAAUCAACAAGUUCUUGGAAGAAAAAUAGGACCAUCAACUGUUCAUAAAGUUACAAUUAAAAUUGACGAGACUGAUGUUUCCAAGCCUUUACAAAUUUUUCAUGAUCCUCCUCUGCCAAGUUCUGAUUCUAAAUUAGUAGAAAGAGCCAUGAAGAUUGAUCACUUAUCAAUAGAAAAACUCCUGAUUGACAGCGUGCAUGCAAGAGCGCAUCAGAAACUCCAGGAACUCAAAACCAUCCUCAGAGGCUUCAAUGCCAGUGAGAAUUCUUCCAUACAGACUACACUUCCAGCUCUUAUUGUUCCUAUCUUGGAGCCCUGUGGUAAUUCGGAGUGUCUACACAUUUUUGUAGAUUUGCAUUCUGGAAUGUUCCAAUUGAUGCUUUAUGGACUUGACCAGUCCACACUGGAUGACAUGGAGAAAUCUGUGAACGACGAUAUGAAACGUAUCAUUCCUUGGAUUCAACAACUUAAGUUUUGGCUUGGACAACAGCGUUGCAAACAAUCUAUAAAACAUCUGCCUACAAUAAGCACUGAAACACUGCAGCUGUCCAAUUAUGCAACCCAUCCUAUUGGAAGUCUUUCUAAGAAUAAGCUCUUCAUUAAACUCACCCGUCUUCCACAGUACUACAUUGUGGUGGAAAUGUUAGAAGUUCCUAAUAAACCCACCCAGCUGACAUACAAGUACUACUUCAUGUCUGUGAAUACCCCUGAUCGAGAAGAUAGCCCGGUCACUGCACUCCUGUUUCAGCAGUUCAAGGAAAAUACCCAGGAUUUUGUUUUCCGUAUGAAAAAUGGGAAAUAUCCCCAAACUGGUACUAAGCGCAAGUUGUCUGACGAUCUAUGUCCAGUAGAACUCAAGAAAACCAAACAAACAGUAGAAACGUGUGCCUUCAAUAAAGUUCUAGCUCACUUCGUUGCUAUGUGUGAUACGAAUAUGCCAUUUGUCGGACUUCGGUUGGAGUUGUCCAAUUUCGAGAUUCCACAUCAAGGAGUACAAAUGGAGGGUGAUGGCUUCAGCCACGCAAUUCGUUUAUUGAAAAUUCCUGCCUGUAAAGGUGUCAGUGAGGAAACCCAAAAGGCUUUGGACCGCUCUCUGCUCGAUUGCACUUUCCGAUUACAAGGUCGAAAUAACCGCACCUGGGUGGCAGAGUUAGUGUUUGCAAAUUGUCCACUGAAUGGCACCUCUACCAGGGAGCAAGGAUCUUCCCGGCAUGUUUAUCUGACGUAUGAAAACCUGCUGUCAGAACCUGUUGGUGGUCGAAAAGUGGUUGAAAUGUUCCUUAAUGACUGGAAUAGCAUUGCACGAUUAUACGAGUGUGUGCUGGAAUUUGCACGGUCUCUACCAGACAUACCGGCUCAUCUAAAUAUCUUCUCAGAAGUUCGUAUAUAUAAUUACCGAAAGCUUAUCUUGUGUUAUGGGACCACCAAGGGAAGCUCAAUUAGUAUCCAGUGGAAUUCUAUACAUCAGAAAUUUCACAUUUCUUUGGGAACUGUUGGUCCAAACUCAGGUUGCAGUAAUUGUCACAAUACCAUUCUCCAUCAGCUUCAAGAAAUGUUCAACAAAACACCAAAUGUGGUUCAGUUGCUACAGGUACUAUUUGAUACUCAGGCUCCGUUAAAUGCCAUCAACAAACUCCCCACUGUGCCGAUGUUGGGCUUAACCCAUAGAACCAACACUGCAUACCAGUGCUUCUCCAUUCUGCCACAGUCCUCCACGCACAUCAGACUGGCCUUUAGGAACAUGUAUUGCAUUGAUAUCUACUGCCGAAGUCGAGGUGUUGUGGCAAUCCGGGACGGUGCUUAUAGUCUUUUUGAUAAUAGCAAGCUAGUUGAAGGUUUUUACCCUGCACCAGGACUAAAGACAUUCCUGAAUAUGUUUGUUGACAGCAAUCAGGAUGCUCGAAGAAGAUCUGUCAAUGAAGAUGAUAAUCCCCCUUCUCCUGUAGGAGGAGAUAUGAUGGAUUCUUUAAUCUCUCAGCUCCAACCACCCCAGCAACAGCCAUACCCCAAGCAACCCGGAUCUUCUGGCGCUUAUCCUCUUACUUCGCCUCCUACAUCGUAUCAUAGUGCGGUUAACCAAUCUCCCUCUAUGAUGCAUACUCAGUCUCCUGGCAAUCUGCAUGCUGCCAGCUCCCCCAGUGGGGCUUUGAGAGCCCCAUCACCAGCGUCAUUUGUACCAACUCCUCCCCCAUCCUCGCAUGGAAUCUCAAUAGGACCAGGGGCCAGUUUUGCUAGUCCACAUGGAACCCUAGACCCUAGUUCACCAUAUACUAUGGUGUCACCUAGUGGACGAGCAGGGAAUUGGCCAGGGUCUCCUCAAGUGUCUGGCCCCUCACCAGCAACACGCAUGCCUGGAAUGUCACCAGCCAAUCCUUCACUACACUCUCCAGUUCCAGAUGCUUCUCAUUCCCCCAGAGCUGGAACCAGUUCCCAGGGAAUGCCAACCAACAUGCCUCCGCCUCGUAAACUACCUCAGCGCUCCUGGGCGGCUUCCAUUCCCACCAUCCUCACUCACAGUGCCUUGAACAUUUUACUACUGCCCUCUCCAACCCCAGGCCUUGUGCCUGGUCUGGCCGGUAGUUACCUGUGUUCUCCGCUUGAGAGAUUCCUGGGAUCCGUCAUCAUGAGGCGACACCUUCAAAGAAUUAUUCAGCAGGAAACGCUACAACUGAUAAAUUCUAACGAACCUGGAGUGAUCAUGUUCAAGACUGAUGCACUGAAAUGCAGAGUAGCCCUAAGUCCCAAAACCAACCAAACGCUUCAGCUCAAAGUGACCCCUGAAAAUGCUGGGCAGUGGAAACCUGAUGAGCUCCAAGUCUUGGAAAAAUUCUUUGAAACAAGGGUUGCAGGACCGCCAUUCAAAGCCAAUACAUUAAUAGCCUUCACCAAGCUGCUAGGAGCUCCCACGCACAUCCUCAGGGACUGUGUGCAUAUUAUGAAACUAGAGCUGUUCCCUGACCAGGCAACACAACUAAAAUGGAAUGUUCAGUUUUGCCUGACAAUCCCUCCCAGCGCACCACCAAUUGCACCUCCUGGGACACCGGCUGUGGUGCUGAAAUCCAAAAUGUUAUUCUUUCUGCAGCUAACUCAGAAAACCUCCGUCCCUCCCCAAGAACCUGUUAGUAUUAUAGUUCCAAUCAUUUAUGACAUGGCUUCAGGUACCACCCAGCAGGCAGACAUUCCCAGACAGCAGAACUCUUCUGUUGCUGCUCCUAUGAUGGUCAGCAACAUUCUGAAGAGGUUUGCAGAGAUGAACCCUCCACGACAAGGUGAAUGCACAAUAUUUGCAGCUGUUCGUGAUUUAAUGGCUAAUCUUACACUGCCCCCUGGUGGGCGUCCAUAGACACUAUUGUUUUUAAACCAGGAAGGCUGAAAAAAGUGACAAAACAACAAAAAAAAUCUGAAUUUAGCCUUCAAUUUUAAAAAGGAAAAGACUUUUUUGACUAAGAGUUAACUAUUCUAAGCUGGCAAAAAAUUUUCAGGGUGCACUUCUUCCAUCAAAAAUAUCAUCUUUUGUAUAGUGAACUUGUAUAGCGUGUUUAAAAUGGGGCACAUUUCAAAAUAGGAAAUACACCAGUCUGCUUGCCAGCAAUAGGUUUAAUAUUCUGUUUCAUACUAUAAAGUAAUGGAAAUGCCAAACUUGUUUAUUUAAAUGUUUUCUUAUGUUUUGGGUGUAAUAGUCCUUUUAUUGAUUUUUUUAAGGCAGGUCUGUCAUUUUGAAUACUGUAAAACUGUGAUAAAACUUUAUAUUGAAGCUGUAUUUUAAUAUGAUCGCUUUGAAACCUUACAUGAAAAAUGUCCUGGGAGUUGUUAUAAACACAUCCCAAAGAAGCAAUAUUUAAUAAACUAGGAUAAAAAAAAAGUGACACUCACUUGUGUGUAUAUCAGCUCCUAGAAUCCUUAGGGCCUCCUUUCAUCUUUAACCUGGUGGGGGCCAAUAAGUAAUUUCUAACAAUUCAUGUUGAAGUUUGACCAAAACAUCUGCUUCUUUGUUUCAAGAUUAAUUUAUUUUCUUCAGACAUCAAAGUCUUUUAGUGUGAAGCUUAUGGUGGUCAAGGAUCACAAAUGCUGCGGGCAUUCUCAUCUUUUGAGAAUGUGGAAGCUUUUCUGUUUGGCAAAUUUGGUUUAUAUGCUACUUUGACAUACAGUAUUAAUUAGGAAACAAAGAACUUGAAUGUUCUACCCUUGAAUAAAAUUUCUGUGGGUUUUUUUCUUUACCUUGCUUAACUUCGCACCUUUGCCUUCCCUGACAAAGUUGGGGGUGUGUUUAACAACCCCAAUUUAAUUCAUUGUCAACAAAAGAUCGAGUGUUUUUGCUUGGAAGAAGCCUGGUGCAGUUCCCUCACUUUGAAGAACCCAAGACCCAGGGCCUAUCCAAGAGUUUCUGGUACUCAAACAUCUCAGCAGAGCUUCCUUUUGGAGCAUUGUGCUGUCUCUCCUAGACAGUCAGGGACUCUCCUAAGCUUCAAAGACUGAUUCGAAGCAGAGGUCUUCUGGUGACUUAAUGUUAUUUGGGAAAGUUUUUUUUAAAUGACAAUGCUGUGUUGUGCUAUCUGGUCAUGUAAUAUUGGUUCUUGAUGCAAUUUUUAUGCCUUGUCUAAUUUCAUUUUAAGAUGGUUUUAUUGAGUUUCUGUAACAGCCAAUUACCAGAAAUUCUAGUUUCAAGCAUCUCUCUGCAGCUGUAUCAUCUGAUCUCAGCUUUGCUUGGUUCUCCGUUCCUUUCUGGUCAGAGUUUGAGGCAGUCUUUGAACUUCUUCUAAGUCUUCCUUCUGCCUUCAUCUCCUGCUUCUCACUCAAUUCUGCUACUGCUCAGGAGCAGCUGACUUAACUUUUGUCCUUGCUUUAACUUACCUUGUAUUCUUCCAAUUUCAAUUCUCCUUUGAAAUGUUAAACACAUCAGUUUAGAAAUCUAUGAGACCUUAUUCAAGGGUCAACCCUUUUCUAUUUGAAACGGAAUCCUUUCUUUCAUGUAGGAAUCUACAUGUACACAUAAGAAAUGUAUUUUUAUCUGCAGAAUGUCAUCUGAAUAACUUUAGUAAUAGUAAAAUUUUCAGGUUCUUUAUGUGUUGUUUUGAACUGUUAGUUGAAUUUUUAAUUAUAAUGCAUUCAGUGAACACUGUUUUCCUAUUUCAAUGCAUUUCUGGAUGCAAUGUCCAAACAAAAGUAACAUAGGAGUCAAUGAACAGGAUUUAAUUUUGGUGCUUAUGAAGAGUAAACCCAUGACUUUGAUUUUUAAUUUCAUGUUUGAUACUUGGAAUUGGUAUAUAUUUUAUUAAAGCUUGGAAACACUAGUAUUCAAGUCUUAGAUUUCAUCCUAAA